AUGGUCAAUACAAUCUUGCAUCAUGCCUUCCCAACCAAUCCACAACUUCUCUUUGCCUUCUUCUUCGAGCUUCCAAACAACUCUCCCAACUCACGGCCCAAGCGCUCGGAGUCCGCCCACAACUCCCUCACAAAUGGACACGAAGUGAAGAAAGCGUUACCGGUCCGCAGCGGAAGCCGCAUCAAGGGUCUGCUUCAUCCUCAACCCAAAUACACGCCUUAUCGUGACAGAGUGUCGUCCACGCCUCCGCCCCCGCCGCCGAACAAACCGGAUCGGGAGAGGCACGGGAGAACGCCACAGUUCAGGAGGGUGGCAGACUGGGAGCAGCAGAUUAAGAGGAUGGGGGCAACUAAUGUCCGGGUCACAGAGGUGAACAGAGAUUUUAGGUUAUCAGACAGUAUGCCAGAGUACUUUGUUGUACCCAGCCCAUGUACAGACUACGAGCUGAAGAAGGCAUCACCACAAUUUGAAGAUUGCAGAGUACCGUUCUGGUGUUGGAGCCACAGGAAUGGUAGUAUGUUGUUGAGAAUGACAGCACUCUGUGACACUGUACUGGACAAUGAAUCUGAAAAAUGGAUUAUUGACAGUGUAAUGCUAAGUCACCCCUCCAAGGUUCAUCCAGACAUCAUUGAUCUGAGUAGAGACUGUCCAAGUAUACAGGAACUACAAAGUGGCUACCAGAAGCUUCAGUCUAUGUGCAUGCCAGAAAACAUCAAGGACUUCUGGACGACAGAUGAGAAGUGGUAUUCAACGUUAGACAGUACCAAGUGGCUUCAAACUAUAGGAGCAUGCCUCAGCCUUGCAAAGGAAGCAGCUGAUAAGAUCUACCUAGCAGAAAAGACGGUCAUUAUUAAAGAAUCACAAGGUAGAGAUUACUCCUGUGUAGUAGCAAGUCUUGCUCAGAUCAUGCUGGACAGUCACUACCGUAGUCAACUAGGCUUUCAGAGCCUUAUACAGAAAGAGUGGAUUGUAGCUGGACACCCAUUCCUAGAUAGGUGUGGACACUGUGUCCCUAGCAGUGGAACAGAGUCUCCAGUCUUCCUGCUAUUCCUUGACUGUGUUCACCAACUGAUAGAGCAGUUCCCUUCAGCCUUUGAGUUCACAGACACCUUCCUGAUAGCCCUCUGGGACAGCAUGCAUUCUGGCAUCUUUGGUACAUUCCUGUUCAACAGUGAGCGUCAUCGGACUAGGACCUGCGUCAGUAGCAGCAAGGGCCAGUACCAGACCACCCAGCUGGCCACAGUGUGGGCCUGGACGCUACAGUUCACCAAGGAUGACCAGGCCCUCUUCACCAACCCUCUGUACAUUGCCAAGUCAGAUCUCAAGUAUAAUGAUAUCUUGGAUGAGGAACCUGACUACAGGCAGGGGUGCAAUGCUGGCAUCUAUCGCAGCAUCCGCAGGUUGAACAAUGGCAAGUCGUUCAUUGGCUCUGACUUCAAAGAAAUGGACAGUUGGACUUUCAAUGGUGGGAAGAGAAGGAAGAACCCUAAUGUGAAUGGUGCUAAUUCAGCGAGCAGCGUGUUUGCACAUUGCGAGGAAGAGAUCAUCAUACCGCUGCUGCAGACACCGACGAUCACAUUCUGGACUCAUUGUUACCUUCGAUGGGUGCCGAGUGUUCACACGAUAGGUGGUGGCAGUCCCGCGAUCUACCAGCAGCAGUGUAGACUGGUGGAUGAGAUACAGCAACUCAGAGAAACCCUAGAGAACCUGAAGGUAGCCAAAGAAUCCAUAGCAGCACCUCCUACAAAGCCGAAGCGAAAGAGCAGGUUGUUUUUCACCUCGCAGGAUGACUUGAAACGGAAUCACGAGAGGCUCACCUCCGCCUUUCCCUUCUCCAUCAGUGAUCUGGAGUUCCUAGGUGGGGAUCGGAACUCAUUUCUGGGUACACCCCUUGCAAAGUUUCUAGGAGGACAGAGUUUAUUAGAGCAGGAGGGUGAGAUAGCAGAGAGUGAUGCAGAGACCUCUGAGGAGAUGUAACUCUUUCAUUACAGACUUCAAUAUGAAUGUUUAUAAGGACAGUGCCUAUGGAACACUGUAUUUGCCUCAAGAGAUAUACUUGACCUUGACGUCGGCCAAUGUAAAUCUGUGAAACCUCAACUUGCCGAAUCAAGAUUGUCUGGGAAUCACCGCUAAAUAUCCCAUCAUACUUCCCUUCCUUUACACAUCUUACAUCAUCAAAAUUAUUUCACGCUCAUUUGUAAAAAGAAUUCCUCAUUUUCAUCACUCGGUUCUUCCAGCCACCAUGGAGGCUAAUUGAAUUGACUAAUACAGAUUAUAGAGAAUGUUCUGUUGUGUUUUUGAUAUGUAAGAAGAUCACAAAUAUGUUAGUCUAGACUAGAUUAACUGUAAAUAUAUCAUUCUAAUAGGAGUGCAAUAACAAAGAAAAUGAUAGUAUGCAUUUAUUGAUUGGGGUAUUUAUCUUGAUAUGUUUUAUAUUCCUCUUUAUAUAUUGAAAAAAAAAAUACUUAAUUUGCAAAAAAAAUUUCUCUGAAAUGAUUGUUUUAUCACUUAAAAAUGUAAGUAUGAUGUAUUUGAUGCAUUAGCACACCUACACUUGUACACUCGAGUAAUUCUCAAUAAGUUAGUACUGUUUUCAUAGUAAUAUUCCCGACUCUAUUCAAGUAUUUAAGCAUGAUUGUACAGCAUAGACCUCAAUGCUCAUUGAUGAUCAAGCUUCUUGCAAGUUAAAUGAUUAAUUUAAUACCCAAUGAAUAGGGUGAGCUAUUGCUUAAUUUGGGAAUGAUUAUAUCUCAAUGUUCUUUUUAAAUGUACACCACAGGAUACUGUUUUGUGUUUGACUUUUUCACUCUCAAGAUCCCUUUUCAAUUUCCCUAUCAAAUACUGCAUAAGAGCUUGUUUCUUUGACCCAACACGUUGUAAAAAAAAUUGAGAAUGCCUUUAGUAUGCAAUGUCUGUAUAAAGUAGCAUGUGCAAAUUUAUAAUUGGAUUAUAACAUUUUGAAUUUACAUAUGUGCAUCUACGGAUGAAUCCAACUUCACUGCAACGUAUGGCGGCCAUAACUGGGGGUUUCCAAAGAAGAAUAAAAGCACUUACAAUGGGUUAUGUAAUGAGCCAGGUGCAUUGCUAUGUCAAUACAUUAUCUUUUGUUAGGUAUAUGUAUAUGUGAAGCCCACCCCCCCCCCCCCCCCACUGAAUUGGUCUAUACAAGAACUGGAAAGUUCCGGGUUUUCGUAGACCUGUGUGAGUUCAGACUUUAUCAAUUUGUAAGCAAACUGCAAGCUUGAUAUCAGUUUAUUUAUGUGAAUUCUGCAGUCCUUUGUAAAGUAUGGUUGCCCAAAAGGCCACAUAAUUCAGCCAACUUUUGCACAAUCUAGCUGUUAUUAAAUAAAGAUUGAAAGAAAAAAAAAUCAUGGUGUGCUGAAAACAAGGUCAUUAUGAUAUGACAGUCUUUUCAUGCCAUUCAAUAUCAGCUGGGGAUUCUCACAUUUCUGUCGGGUAUCAUAACAACUUUGUUGUACACAGCUGCACUUCAACACAAUGAAGCACGAUCAAAGGGAACAAACAUACCGUUUCCCUGGGCUGUAUUCAAUGUGUAGAGUGAGGUAGUCAUCCAUACAUUUUUUUUUUGCAUGGAUAUCAGUUGUGAAGCAGGCAUUGUAUUUCAGUUGCUAUUUUGUAAUGAAACAAACCUUUCCCUUGUUUGUUGAUAUUGGUUUUUAACUGCUAUCUUUCAAGCAUUGAGCGCACAUUUUUGGUAGCAACCACCUGCAUGUAUCUGUAUAGACCAUAUGUCUGUUUUCCUUGAAUGUUACUACUUAUUGGAGCAUGUACUUAGAGAAAUCUCUCCAUCAAGAUCACCUGCGUAAAUAACAUAUCCCCUUUUUCUUCCCUGAGAAGUCUUUCUAUUGUUUUUCACCACUUAGGUGUCAUUUACAUUUUCAAGGUUGUCCCCACUAUUAACACAAUAAGCCAGUUCGUAGUUCCAUUCUGCGCAUGAUCAGAAGAUUCUGCGCAUGAUCAGAGAAAGGUCAUUUGUACUAAAGUGGCAUGGUGGUUUAAAAUUUAAUGAGAUAAGCACCAACUUUGGUGUCUUGAUUAUUCAUAUAUUCUUUUCAAUUGUGUUUUUCAUUUGCAUCCACAAAGAACAAAAAUGCGUCCACGACUGGUAUUUCACUGCAGUUUGCCAAGUACAUUGUACGACAUGCUAUAAUAUGCAUUCAAAGUAGAAGUGCAACAAAUACCUUCAUGGAGUCUUCAAUGGUGUGCUAUUCUAGUCACCUGGUAUAAUUCAAUUUCUUCAUCCUGCUAUGUAAGGCAUGCAUAUGUUAUAUCCUGCUUUGAAAUCUGCCUAAUAUAAUGAAAUAAAUGAAAGGUCAUUUGACCAAAAUUGUCCCUGAUGUAACUACGAACUGGUCUAUUGAAUAAAAACUUUAUAGGGUCACUCAGAAACCUGUUCACACAGAUUAUGGGUCAGUGAGACUGACUGGACUUUUACAAAAUAAAUAUAAAACUCACAAAGUGACCAUAUGAGACAAAGGUUACCAAUAUUUGCUUUCAUAUUCCAAAGUUUGUGAUAUUAUCAUCAGUUCUUGUAAACCAAUAUGCUAACAAGCGAUUAAUGCAACUAAUCUAAUACAGAAAUCGGUAAAGGUGAUAGCCUCAGAAUUAAAGAUCAAAUGUCAAGACUUAAGCACUUCUUGGUGUGUUUUUUUAUUGACAUACAGAUAUUCUAAUAAUAAUACAUGUAUAAUCAUUAGAUGUUUGUAAUAUAAUUGGUCAAAGAUAUUACAGAAAUUGCUGUAAAAGAAUGAUAUUCAUAUACAAUUCCCAAAUGGAGACAAUGAAUGAGAGUUUAGCUGAAUCAUAGAAAAGAUUUUCAUAGUACAUUCUGAAGAACAAGGAUUAUAUUAUACUAGUAUAUUCAUAAAUAAAGACCAUAUUCAUUAAGCGUACGAUCAAUUGCUAACCUUUGUGUUACGGGACCCAGGUGUUCUAAAACCCUUGUUGAGAGACCAGAUUAUCUUGAAAGACGUCUUUCAAUCAUUUUCUUUAAGGGCCCGUUGCAGGCAGAGUUAUUUUUUUGAACGCAUAUUGAAAAUAAAACAGUUUUGAUUGCUUUUAAUCAAGUUGCGAUUGAUUUCUUUUCAAGUUGUGUUCAAUUGCGACUUUUUCUGAAACAGGUCCCUGGAUUUUUUAUCAUUCAAUGUUCAUAAAUUUUCAAUGCAGAUUGUGAAAUAUGUAUAUUUUGCUUACAUGUAUGUAAACUGUGAAUAUAUUCUUAUCUUUUAACAGUAGAAUGAGAUGUGCCUUUAUACUGUGUGGUAAUAUCAAGCAUGACCUACUACUCAACAUAUCUAAAUUAUAAUCUACUUUGGAUUAUUACAUGAAGAUGAAUUAUAUUACAAAAUGGAUCCUUGCCCCUUGUCAAUAUUAAAGUGAUGUGUUUCUAUCAAGAA